CUCCGUCACUUCGCCGUGCCUUAACCCCAUUAAAUACUCCUCCUCUGCCGCACACUCUCCUUCAAUCAUUCUCUCUCCUCUCUCUCCCCCUUUCCUCCCUCCCUCACGGCUCUCAAGCAGGCCGCCCUCUCAAGUUUCCUCCAAACAAAGAUCUGGUCGAGAACUUUUUUGCCUUCACUUAUUUCAGAGGAAGAGGAAGCAAGGAAUAAUGGCUAGACAGCAGCUCGAAGUCCUGAACGCGCUCGAUGUAGCAAAAACCCAACUUUACCACUUCACCGCUAUCAUCAUCGCCGGCAUGGGAUUCUUCACCGACGCCUACGAUCUCUUCUGCAUCUCUUUAGUCACCAAGCUCCUCGGCCGCAUCUACUACCGCGUCGACGGCUCUCCGACCCCCGGCACUCUUCCCCCAAACGUCUCGGCCGCCGUUAACGGCGUCGCUUUCUGCGGCACUCUAACCGGCCAGCUUUUCUUUGGCUGGCUCGGUGACAAGAUGGGUCGGAAGAAGGUUUACGGUAUGACCCUCAUGAUCAUGGUCAUCUGCUCCAUAGCCUCCGGCCUUUCUUUCGGCCACACGGCCAAAAGCACCAUGGCUACACUCUGUUUCUUCCGCUUCUGGCUCGGCUUCGGCAUCGGCGGCGAUUACCCCCUUUCCGCAACCAUCAUGUCGGAAUACGCUAACAAAAAGACACGCGGCGCGUUCAUCGCCGCCGUCUUCGCGAUGCAGGGGUUCGGAAUUCUCACCGGCGGGAUCGUCACGCUUAUCGUAUCCUCCGCCUUCAAAAACCAUUUCAAGGCGCCUCCUUACAGCGCGGACGCCAUCGGCUCCACCGUGCCGGAAGCCGACUUCGUAUGGAGAAUUAUUCUCAUGUUCGGCGCCAUCCCGGCGGGGGUGACUUACUACUGGCGGAUGAAGAUGCCGGAAACGGCUCGGUACACCGCGUUGGUGGCGAAGAACGCGAAGCAGGCGGCGCAGGACAUGACCAGAGUGCUUCAAGUAGAUAUCCAGGAGGAGCAGGAGAAGGUUGAGAGAAUUACUCUUAAAGAAAGCAAUCAAUUUGGUCUUUUUUCAAAGGAGUUUCUUCAUCGCCACGGCCUUCAUCUACUCGGAACGACGACGACAUGGUUUGUUCUCGACAUCGCGUUCUACAGCCAGAACCUGUUUCAAAAAGACAUCUUUAGCGCUAUAGGAUGGAUACCAAAGGCGGCGACGAUGAAUGCGUUGGAAGAGGUUUUCAAGAUCUCGAGGGCUCAGACUCUCAUCGCCCUAUGCGGCACCGUACCCGGUUACUGGUUCACAGUUGCGCUGAUCGAUAUUAUCGGACGGUUUACCAUACAAAUGAUGGGAUUCUUCUUCAUGAUGGUAUUCAUGCUGGGGCUUGCAAUUCCUUACCAUCAUUGGACGACGCCGGGAAAUCACAUUGGCUUCGUGGUUAUGUAUGGGCUAACCUUCUUCUUCGCCAAUUUUGGGCCUAACAGCACAACUUUCAUUGUACCGGCGGAGAUAUUUCCGGCGAGGUUGAGGUCGACGUGCCAUGGAAUAUCGGCGGCGGCCGGGAAGGCCGGAGCUAUUGUGGGAUCGUUUGGAUUUCUGUACGCAGCACAGAACAAGGAUAAGACGAAGACUGAUAGAGGAUAUCCGCCUGGGAUUGGAGUGAGGAAUUCUUUGUUUGUGCUGGCUGCUUGUAAUCUGCUGGGUCUUGUUUUCACAUUACUGGUGCCUGAAUCAAAGGGAAAAUCUCUGGAGGAGAUGUCCGGGGAGAACGAAGAGGAGGAAAUGCAGGAAAAUGCUGGUGGCAGGACAGUUCCUGUUUAAGCAAGAAUUUAUAUAUAUAUAUAUAUGCUUUAAAAUCAGGCAUAAAUCCUGUAGCCAAACAGUCCAAUAGAGUAAUUUUCUUGAUAUCGUUGGUACAAGGGAAGAAAUCUUGGUUGAUCUCGGGGUGAAAAGCUGAUCUAAUGGAUAUUCUUGUGAUUUAUAUUUGACUUAAUGGAGUAAGCGAUAUUAUUUUCAUGAGUUUUGUUAUUUGAUAGGAUAGUAGAUCUUGUGUGAGGAUUUCAACUCUAUUGAACUCUAAAAAAGAAGUGAAAAUAAAGAUGCAAUAAAGAGAAAUAUGAUUGGUUUGUUGUA